AUGUCGCUCCUGGUCGAGACGAGCAGCGUCUCCGCCGCCGCGACUGACACUGCCUCGAAUCUCGCGUCCUCGGGCUCGACGCCGCCCACCACCGUCGCCGACACCGAGAGCCUGCACUCGGAUACCCCCAAGCACGAUGUAAUCACCGUGGCCGACGACGCCGCCGACGCGCCCCCCGUCCAUCUCGACGACGACGACCGCGAGCCCCUUGCCGUCGCCGUCACGCCUGGCCCAGACGAGCCGCAGGCCCCCAAGGCCGAUGUCGACAGCUCCAAGCCCGCUCUAAGCGACACCCCGGCGCGCCGCUCCUCGCGAGCGCGUGUCUCGGCCCCCGUAUACAACCUCGCCAAGCUCAGCGGCACCGAUGGACACGGUAAGCGACGCGCUAAUGGCGAUGUGGUCGCCGACCGCAAGCGCCGCCGCACCAUCUCGGGCGAUACCCUCGUCGGCAGUGUCGAGGGCCUCGCAAGCCCCUCGAGCGCGAAGGGCAAGCAGCACAAGGCACUCCAGGAAGGAAUCGACGCGUUGAACCUCCAAUGGUCCCCCGCCGCCCUCUCCGCCCCCUCCUCCCCGCGCACGCGCCGCAAGGCCCAGGGCCGCGAGUCGCCACGCUCCUCUCGUCCGUCGUCGCGUCUGGCCGGCGGCGUCUCCUCGCUCGGGGCCAAGCUUUCCAGCAUUGGUAAGAAGGGCCGGAAGGCCGUCGACAAGGGCGUUACCAAGAUGUCGCGCGAGCUGCGCCGCCUCCAAGACACCAACGAGUACUCCGGCAUUGACGAGCGCCCCGUCCUGCACACCGUGUGGUCCAAUGGCAAGUUCGUCGACCCCAACGCCCCCGUGGCCCCCCCGGCCCGCAAGAAGGCCAAGGUCGAGCCCGAGCCCGAGCCCGAGCCCAAGAAGGAGGACUCGGAGCCCAUCACCAACACGAAGCAGCGCCGCGUCAAGAAGUACCUCGCCAAGGGCCUCUACGCCGGCCAGGACGCGCCCGUUGACAUGUUUAAGGGCCUGACCAUGGGUGAGAAGAAAAAGCUCGCCGGUCUGCCCGAGCUCAUCCCCAGCGGCCGUCUCAACAAGACGAUGCCCCUCCCCAUAUACACGGGCCUGCGUAUGCUCAUUGCGGGCCGCGACUUCAAGCUGCCGUACAAUAUCUGCAACCCGCUGCCCCCCGGCCAGCCCAAGCCGGAUGAGUGGAAGAAGAUGACCAAGAAUCGGUUCAUCGGCGACUCCAAAGAGGUCUGGCGCAAGCUGCCGCACAUUGACGACUAUCAAUCCAAGUGUGUGUGCAAGCCUGAGGACGGCUGCGGCGAGAGCUGCCAGAACCGCAUCAUGCUGUAUGAGUGCGACGCCACCAACUGCAACAUCGGUAAGGAGCACUGCACCAACCGUGCCUUUGCCGACCUCAUGGCGCGGAGAUCCAAGGGAGGCAAGUAUCGCGUCGGUGUCGAGGUGAUCAAGACGUCGGAUCGCGGCUACGGCGUGCGCAGUAACCGUUGCUUCCGGCCCAACCAGAUCAUCAUGGAGUACACGGGUGAGAUCAUCACCGAGGAAGAGUGCGAGCGCCGCAUGAAUGAAGUCUACAAGCAUAACGAGUGCUACUAUCUCAUGAGUUUUGACCAGAACAUGAUCAUCGAUGCCACCACCGGCAGCAUCGCCCGUUUCGUCAACCACAGCUGCAACCCCAACUGCCGGAUGAUUAAAUGGAUCGUCUCAGGGCAGCCGCGAAUGGCGCUCUUUGCGGGCGAUAGGCCCAUCAUGACGGGUGACGAGCUGACGUACGACUACAACUUCGACCCCUUCUCGGCCAAGAACGUCCAGAAGUGCCUCUGCGGCUCGCACAACUGCCGCGGAGUCCUCGGUCCCAAGAAGCACGAGGCCAAGCCGCCCAAGGCGGACCUGAAGAAGGCGGUCAAGGCCACGGUCAAGGCCGGAAAGCGCAAGCUCAAGGAGCUCAUCGGAGACGAAGAGGCUGACGGCAGCAAGGCCAAGAAGCGCAAGAUCCAGCCCGCGACGGGUGUCAAGCGGUCGCUGUCCAACGCCAGCCUCAAGGCCGCCAAGGGCGCGGCCAAGGGAGCCGCCACAGCCCUGAAGAAGGGCGUCUCAAGCAUCGCGGGAAGCGCGAAGAAGGCGGCCCUGGGCACCAAGUCACCCGCGAACCGCCGUGCCAGCACGGGCGCAGUCAUUAAGAAGACGAGCACCACAAAGGUGGUCAAGACGUACGGCCAGCUCGCGCGCACGAAGCAGGUCUCUUCGCGGUCCUCAAGCCUUACCAUCGUGGCUGCCGUGGGCGAUGAGAACGCGAAGCCAGGAAAGAAGGUCUCGCCCGGCAAGGCCAAGGCUGCCGCAAGCCGGCGGGUGUCUUCGGCGACGGGCAAGUCGCCCAAGGCCAGGAUUCGCAUCGUGUCGAACUCUCAGUAG